UACCAGGCGGGGGCUUUCGGGAGGGGCAGUGUUGGGAAGGACAGGCUGGAAAGAGCCACAGCUAUGCCUGGCAAGGAGCCAUUUUUCUUGACCCUGGGGUUGCCGACGCUGCACAACGUUUCAUAUAUUUUUCUCCUUCCUUGCUUCUCUAUCAAGCGCGCAUUCUUUUCGGGCGAUAUUUCUUAUAUCUUUUUCCUACUUCUUUGGGACGUGCAAAAUAUAAACAACGGUUUUAGGAAACGGGCAUUCCAGGUGCACACUUUUAUUUCCUUUUUUGAACAUCACAUUCCGUUCAGGUUACUUGUUGCAGCCCGUUUCCUUUGUGCCAGUGCUAUUUCUUGCUUCACCUACUUUAUUCUCCGAGGAGGACUUCCUUUGCAUGUACACUAGUCUAAUUCACCACCCAAUAUGAAACGGCCAUCGGUUUAUGUCCAAGUCGACCAAAGUCCCCACAUCGCCAUGCUCACUCACCUCAUUGCCAACACCCUCGCGUUCCACACAUGCAUUUGAUAUCUCCACAGUGCGGCCACAGCGCCGGUACUCCUCGGCACAAAACCUGCAUAGCCCACAAAGCGUGCGCGAGUCCGCAGCACGGCGACUGGACAUUGGCAGACCACGCACUGAGGUUGUCCUGCAGCGCACACCGACGUCAUUAUACGAGCGCACACGGCAGCCAACCUCACACCCAAGCAACCUCAUGUACCUGGCAUCCUCCUCAUCCUCGUCGCAGCUCGGCGGCAUGUAUUCGCCAUCACUGAGGCAAUCUCGGCGCGCCUCCAUUGUACUGCAGUCGAAUUCAUUCAACCUGCCUGCUGCUCUGCCAGCCACAGGCCAGUUGGGCGGGCCACGGACAGCCCACGCAGGCGACCCACGCAGUCUCACCAGCACAAAGUCGCUACCGUACCAGAGCGCAGAGCAGGAGCGACGAAGACGACGUAGUAUUGCACAUGAGCGGUACCCGCCGCUGGUCAGCAUUUUUGAGGACCUGCAAAGCGAUGUGGGGAGGUCGCCGAUCAAAGAAACAGAAGUCAAUAAUGCGGCGUUUUUCGCGGCGGCAGAUAUCUGCGCUAUACACGAGUGCCCCCAAAAGAUGGCUGACGAGCCAGCGCUUGUAAAGCGGACUCACAGCAGCUCGUCGCUGAUUUCUGUGUUUUCCUUCUUCCUCAUCGUCCUCGGAACGUUCCACGUACGCGUAUAUAUUUGACAGUGCCAGAGCCUCGUCGUGUGUCACGCCCAACACCAAACACAACACUGGGAGUAAGCGGCGUUCGUAUAUAGAGGCGCCGAUUGGUGAUAUUCUGCUCAGCCCAGGG